CCCUGGGUCCUUCCUUCCCUCCUCAACCAACCAACCAACCAAAAACAAACAAACGACCCCGCAGCCCCCGCAAACAUGUGCUUCGUCCUCGUCGGCCUCUGCCCGCACUGCGGCCACAUGGCCGCGCUGCGCACGCGCUACUGCGACGCCGUUGCGCGGCAGGCAUGGGAGCCGCCGAACCCGUGCGCGGCCGGCGUGAACGAGUACGAGUAUGUGCCGGGGCGGGCGUGCGGACGGGGUUGCGGUGGUGGGAGGCAGGAAGACAAGCGGGUGAGGAGGUGUGGGAGGUGGGGAAGGAGUGAUGUUGUGGGUGUGGAAAGGAAAGUGGAAGAGAGAAUGGUUGCGGGUGUGGAGACGGAGGUGGGAGAGGUUGUGGAGGUGGAGAAGGACGCGGAGGCGGAGGCGGAGGUGAUUGAUGAGGGGGACGAGGUGUGUGCGAGUGGUAUGUUACUGGAAAAACAGUGGGAUGGACUGGACACGGGUCUGGCGAUGGUGCAGGAUCGCGGUGAGGCGGAACUGAAGAACGAGUUUGCGGCGCUGAUGGAUUGGUAUAGGGGCGAGUUUGCGGAGCAGUACGUUUUUGAGUGGGAGCUUGGGGAAGCUUGAGGAUGGUUGGAGUCUGUUGGAACGUCAGUCGUUUCUUUGACGAAGACAUGGCUCUUUGGGUCUUGAGAGAGGGGAGGCUGCAUUUGCGGGGGUAAUG